AUGACACCCCUAGAGUUUGCUUGGUGCCUUACUUGUCUCUUCUUGGAGGGUUCAGCUCAGAACAUCGGUGGGAGCUCAUCCACUUUUAUACGUCAGGAAGAGGGUUUUCAUUCAGCAAGUGUUGGCAGCAGCAUUACUCUGCCAUGUUUCUACAGUGAAGGCGCAGUGAUGAUUUACUGGUUUAAGCAAACUCUGGGACAGAAGCCUGAUGUCGUUGUGACUUUUUAUAAACACGAUAAACAUGGCACCUUCUACAAUGAGCACAAGAACAAUUCUCGUCUUGCUCUAGAAGUGGGUAAUGGUAAAACUCACCUUCAAAUUUCUGAUUUGCACCCUUCAGACUCAGCUACUUACUACUGCGUCGCUAUUGAUUCACAAACCUUUGAGUUUGGCAAUGGAGCUACAGUCAGCGUAGAAGGUUCUGGUUCUAACAUCCAUACUUUGGUCCACCAGACAGUCUCAGAGGCCAACCAGCCCGGAGGCUCUUUGACUCUGGAUUGCACAGUAGACACAGGGAGCUGCAAUGAACAGUACAGCUUUUACUGGUUUAAAGAGGCUAGAGGAGUUCACCCAGGACUCAUUUACUCUCACGGGGGGAAGAGUGAUCAGUGUAACAGGACAGUGAUGACACCAACGUACAUCUGUGACUACAGUCUGCCACUCAAGAACCUGAAUGUUUCUCAAGAUGGGACCAACCGCUGUGCCGUAGCCUCAUGUGGACAUCUACUGUUUGAAGACUGGAAAAACAUGGAAUCAGCAGGCGAGCUGAACUCCUCUGAACUUCUUGUCUAUUUCUUAAUUGGAGCUCUGACAUUCACCAUCAUCCUGAGUGCUUGGAUGGCUUUUUCAAUAUGCAGGAUGAAGAGAAAAAUCCAGUCUCACUGCACAGCAAACUCAGACACAGGACCAACAGAUCGCUGCACAGCUCAUUCAGAGGGUAACCCAGAUGAAGAGAGCCUCCAAUAUUCUGUUUUAAGGCAACAAAGGUUUAACGGAACAAGAAGAAAGAGAGAUGAUCAAUGUGUGUACUCGAGUGUGAAACAGAGCAAAUCCACGUGUCAAGAAGACUCUGUCGCAACGUAUGAGCCAGCUAAUAUGUCAGAUGGUGUUCGUUAAAACACCAAGGUGUGGUAGCUUUUACACUGAUGUGAGAGAAAUUUAAUAAAAACUUGGGGUUGUGUACAUUUAUACAGUUUUUCAAGGGCUCAACAUCUCUUGCUGCGUUUGCACUGCUGUAAGAACUAACUGUAUGGAUGUAACACUGUUCUCCUAUGCUGGUGCAGCGGUGUUUCAUCACACAUCUAUGCAAGAAUUAGGUAACCAAAACAAGUUAAAAUUAUAUUUUUCUUGCAAAUACGGCAAGUUUCAAAACAAAGGUUGUG